CAAUAUUCGCUUGUUGACAGGAAGAGCAAUUUCGGUGAUUUGGAUUGGAUAAUGCGUUGCUGCGGACAGAAGGGACAUAAAUCUUACAUGCGUGCACCUGCUACUUUCACUUUUGGUUUGUGUAUUUCAAGCUUUGGAGCACAAGAUGUUAAAGAUUCCCGAGUGGAUUUCUUUUAAGAGAGCCGUGUCCUCUAGACUUCUUACUCGUGUCUGUGGCCAGUGCACCCAAACUCCUAAUGAACACCUCCUGAAUGUGACUGCUACAAACAAUUUUCGAUGUGUUUCAAAAUCGUCUAGACUUACAUCACGGCAAGUGUUUUUUAUUAGACAAAGUAUUCCAGCAGGAGGACAAUGGGACCGUGUUGUUAGAAUACCAAAGACGGAGUGUGAGUUCCGAGAACUUUCCACAGGCAAGAAAUUGCCAAUUAUUUAUCUGUUUACAAAAGAUGGCUGCACUUUAUGUGACGAAGCGAAGGAGGCAUUGAAACCAUACAUGCAUAGGUUUAUACUGGAGGACGUCAACAUCACCUUACCGGAGAACGAAAAGUGGUAUGAGAUGUACAAAUACGAUAUUCCAGUGUUUCAUAUCUAUGAAGAAUUCCUGUUUAAACACCGAGUGGAUUUUGACGCCCUGGAGCGAGGAUUAGAAAAAUAUAAAGACGGUUUCGAUAGUUCCAAGUGACAGUCAGAUUAUAUAAUGUAUGUAGUGUUGUCACUAGUAUGUGUUCUACACGCUAGAACAUAAAAUAUACAAUGGCCAAUCGUUCUUGCAUUUAAAGAAGGCCAGUUCUUGCCCUUUGAGUAGGUAAAAUAAUCGAGGAAUACUGAAGUGCUUUAAUGACAUUGUACAUGUUUUUAGAGAGUGGUUGGAGUAUAAAUGAUAUCUAGUUAUAACUCCAGAAAAAUAUCAAAUGUACUUUUCAUUGAUAUACAAUGCGAACAAAAUUAAACAUGCUUUUCACUAGUAGGCAUGGGCAAAUUAUCACUGAGAAAAAUAAAAUGAGCCGCGCCAUGAGAAAACCAACAUAGUGGCUUUGCGACCAGCAUGGAUCCAGCCCAGCCUGCACAUCCGCGCAGUCUGGUGAGGAUCCAUGCUGGUUGCUUUUAAAGCCUAUUGCAGUUAGAGAAACCGUUAGCGAACAGCAUGGAUCCUGACCAGACUGCACAUCCGCACAGUCUGGUCAGGAUCCAUGCUGGUCGCAAAGACACUGUCUUGGUUUUCUCAUGGCGCGGCUCAAAUGAGUACAAG